UCAUCGCCUCGCAUUUCUGAAAUAACCCCAUUUGCUUCCUUCUUCACAAUCAUCUACUACCACCAACGUAAGAUUUUCCUGCACAGACAAGCCCUUCUUUUGGCCGUUGUUGCUGAUCAUCGUUUCGACCAGUCUGCUUCUUACACCGCUACCACUAUUCUUACCAUCUCACCACCCCUCAGACGUCAUGGCCUCGACUCUUGCGAAUAGUAGUAGCAGUAGUAGUAAUACCUACGUCGCCUUCCUCGAACAAGCCAAGCACGACUUCUGCGUGAGCAACGCACACCUCUCAGAGGAGGAGCUAAACCGCGCCUGGUUCCAGGCCGCCUGCCAACCGUCGCAACCCUCCAUGGCCCACCAGGUCCCACGGUCAAUGGCCUUUAACACGUCAAACAUGACCCAGCUCCCAGUAUGGACACAUUUUUGGUCUACUCGUCCCUGAUCUAACACCCACUAGACAACUGGCUUCGAAUCAAUGGACCGGACUCGUUCUGCUCCCGUCAUGAAUCGCUCCGACUCGGCAAUGACCAACAACCUACACCGCUCAAACACCACCUACUCUGGCUGGCCGUCCAUGUCCCAAGAGUCCAACACCGACUACACGCUCUACUCUGACACUUCCAUGCGAAGACAGCCGACUCUUCAGUCGAUGCCAGAGACUGCUUACAACAGCAUCGCUGAGUACAGUGUUGGCGACUAUGUCAGCAGCUGUAUCCAGCCAGAGAACUCAUCUUCCCUCCCCACCCCCCAGCAUUCACAGCAGUUGCAACUGACACCAAGCUUGCAGUGGAGUUCGUCUUCGGACGUCUCCUCACCCAGCACACCGUCAACCGCUCUGAUGACGCCUGUUACUCAAUCUAGUAACAUGAGUCGUCAGGGUAGUUAUAACCCUCUGUUUUUUGAUAACAUUUCCAUGUCGCGUAAUCAGUCAACUUCUUCAUGUAUGCCCAUCCUCCCAGAGGAUGGGUCAUUUCCUUAUUCCUUUAACGUCGCAUCAAAGCCCAUCAGCGAGUCCGCUGAUGGUUCUCAUUUUCUCAACUUCACUGGCUCCUCCAGUGAAGCUUUCCUUUCUUCAUCUGUUCCUGCAAGUGCGCAUGCACUUGCCUCUUCCGACAACGAUCAGUCGUGCCUGGCGGAGGAUAUGCGGAGGUCGACUUCAGCUUCAUCAAGCGAGGGUUACUCGAGCGAGGUCUCUGCACCUUCAUCGACCAACUCUCGUCAAUCGCAACGCGAACGCGAGAUCAAUGCGCAAGCUGCGUCUCGCAAGAUUGCCCCAAAAGCAAUCGACAAUAAUGACAUGACCGAGUCCGCGUCAUCCAAUGCUCAGAUGACAAGGAUAAGGUCUGAGGAUGGAUCCUCUAAGACUGUCGGUGUCUUGUCAAAGACACCGUACGUGCGUCCUCAACACCCCAAGAUCAAGUGUAACUUUUGCAACGAGCGACCCGAUGGGUUCCGUGGCACACAUGAGCUUGACCGUCACAUUGCUCGCGCCCAUGCCUCUCGCAGGAAGGGCUACAUCUGCGUCGACUCUUCAGCCGACAAGAAGUUCCUCGCCAACUGUAAGCAUUGCCGUAACAAGAAGGUGUACGGCGCGUACUACAACGCUGCCGCUCACCUUCGACGUGCGCAUUUCCAUCCCCGUAAGAGGGGCAGGAAGGGCAAGAAUGACGAGAAGCGUGGUGGUAUCGGUGGCGGAGACGACCCUCCCAUGGAGUAUCUCAAGCAAAACUGGAUCAAAGAGGUGGAGGUCGACAACAAGCCCACUCCUCAAUCACCCGAAAGCGCUUCCGACAACGAUGCGUCUGAACAGAUCGACAACACCUUCGACACUAGUUCGUACGACAUCGACAACACUGCUGUUCCUGCUGCCGCUUACCCUCCGUCGCAACAGCCGCUUCCGAUGGCGAUGCCCAUGCAAGUACCCAUGAUCGACCAAGUCCCUAUUGACCCAAAUCAAUACAUGGACUAUGGUAUGAACAUGCAUGCGAAUGAGCCCAUGGUGUUUGACAACACCACUUUCUUCGACCCGAACCUACCUCUUCCCACCGAUAUGAGUAACUUCCAGUUCGACGCGUACAUGGGUCCUUGAGCCCAUGCACCCCCUGCUCUCUUCCUUCAACCUCAUCCUCUUUCUCAUACUUGGCUCUUUGAGUCGUCGAUGUACAUAACGUUGGGUCUGGGGCCGUUUGCAUUUUUUGUCGUCUUUGGCGUUUGAUGAAUUGUGACCACCAGUUUGACUUCCUAUGGAGCAGCUGUGGUAGGUCUGCAUCGUGGCGCUAUUUUUAUUAUUUUUUUGGUCACGCUCGUCGACGUAAAUGAUAGAGAUUUGCUUGGCUUAUAGAGAGUGAUGUUGCCCUUUUGAGGCGCUCACAUAACGUUCCGAUGUUGCUAUCGCAUAACGUUAAUGCCUGUGUAGGUACUACCACCGGGCUUGAAAGAAAUAAAAAUAAAAUAAUCAAAAUCUACA